GUGAAGGAUCUCAUAACAUUAUACUACGAGAAGAUGGAUGGUCUAACACUUUUGAUUACGACCCUUCUAAGUGUCCUAUCAACUGUCCUUGUCAACAGCGUUGAGAUGGUAAUUGAUUUGAAGUCUUUGGGUCCAGCCAACCACAUACUGACGUUUCAUCCUAAUCACAAAUCAAAGGACGCUGCAUUGAUAGCCAUAGAUGGUGUCAUUCCAACAAGCACAGUCACACCAUCAGUAAGUCAGUGUCCUGGAACAGGUGACUCUAUUAGCAAAUGGAUACGAGUUGACCUGACAAAGAGUUACUUUGUGUCACGCAUAAUGAUCAGCUCAAGACAAUAUGGAGGAAAUGGAGUAACAAUUCAUGUUGGGAAUAAUCUAACUAACAAUGGACUUGACAAUUACAUGUGUGGGGAUGUGUGGCUAUACUCGAGUGCAAGAUCUCCGUAUUAUAAUGGAACGUUACGAACAUUUAUCUGUGAUGUUCCACAGCUGUCUCAGUAUGUUGUUGUCAGAGGUAGUUCUCAAAUGAGUGAUUCACUUGACGUGUGUGAGAUUCAAGUGUUGCACGUAGCAGAUGCAGAAUCAUCUGCUGACGUCAGUGCAAGCAUAUUCAACAUCACUGCUACGUCAUCCGUAACAGCACUCAACAUUCUUCUUGCAAUUCUGCUGCUUAUAAUUUUAUUUAUUCGGAGGUGGCGAGCGUGAAAUACUUGCAGCUGUGCAACGUCUGCUGACAAUAUUGCUUAGAUUGAAUGUGUUGUAUGUGUAAUUGUAAUAAAUCUGCCAUUUUUGAUUGUCUAAUUUUUUACAAAGCAUGCAACCUUUUUUAUUUUUACCACUAUGUAUCAUCAUAACCAAUAGCAAGUUAAUUAAUUAAUUAGUUAUAGA